GGGCGCCAGGGCUCUGCUCCGCAGCCAGCGGGGUCUGCGGCGCGACCCUGCGUCCCCUGGCUCGCUGACUGCGCGGAGGACAGAGGGCGGACGCGCGGGCCCGGAGGCCGGCACCCGAGGAGCCGGAGAGGGCGGGCGCGCUGCUGGUGCGCCGCCGGCGGGCGCUGGUGGGAGCGGAAGCCGGGCCCGAGGAGGGACCGACCUGAGCCCAGACUGGCUGAAUUGGGAUCAUGGGCAGAGACCAGUGCACGCCGUUGGGCCCUGCCCUGCAGCGGUGGCUGCUGCCGGUGGCCCUGACAGUGGGACUCCUGGCCCACAACAGCCUGGCGGGUGUGAAGAAGUUUGAUGUGGCCUGUGGAGGGCGAGACUGCAGUGGCGGCUGCCAGUGCUACCCUGAGAAAGGAGGGCGGGGUCAGCCAGGGCCAGUGGGCCCCCAGGGCUACACGGGGCCCCCAGGGCUGCAAGGAUUCCCAGGACUGCAGGGCCGCAAAGGUGACAAGGGUGAAAGAGGCGCCCCCGGGAUCACAGGGCCGAAAGGCGACGUGGGAGCAAGAGGCGUUUCUGGAUUCCCUGGUGCUGACGGAAUUCCUGGACACCCUGGGCAAGGUGGGCCCAGAGGACCACCUGGCUACGAUGGCUGCAACGGGACCAGGGGAGACGUGGGCCAGCAGGGACACCCCGGCUCCGAGGGCUUCCCUGGACCUGCCGGGCCCCAAGGACCCAAAGGGCAGAAAGGUGAACCUUACGCGUUGUCUAAAGAGGACCGCGACAAAUACAGGGGUGAACCUGGAGAACCUGGAUUGAUUGGCUUCCCGGGGCCUCCCGGCCGCCCCGGACCCAUGGGACCAAUGGGUCCAGUUGGAGUUCCGGGAAGACCGGGACCACCCGGACCCCCUGGACCAAAAGGACAGCAAGGCAACAGAGGACUUGGUUUUUAUGGAGAAAAGGGUGAAAAGGGUGACAUGGGACAGCCAGGACCCAAUGGGAUCCCAUCAGACAACAACCGUGAGAGCGUAGGGCCCACGAAGGAAGUGUUCCAUCCUCAUCUGUACAAGGGUGAAAAAGGAAGCACAGGGGAACCAGGAAGAGUGGGCAUUUCCUUGAAGGGGGAAGAAGGAAUCAUGGGCUUUCCAGGACUCCGGGGUUACGCUGGUGUAGAUGGUGAACAAGGUGCCAAAGGACAGAAAGGAAGCAGAGGACUGGAUGGCUACCCAGGCCCUGAUGGGCCCCGAGGACCCAAGGGAGAAGUGGGUGACCGAGGCCUCCCAGGCCCACCUGUCCCCUUCCCCCAUCCUUCCCUGGCUAAAGGUGGCAGAGGUGACCCGGGAUUUCCAGGGGCCUAUGGGGAGCCAGGAACACGGGGUCUGCCAGGGGACCCUGGCCCAGUAGGCUUCCCCGGCACGUCCAGCAUAAGUGAAGGUGGGCGGAGAGGCGCCCCAGGUGAAAUGGGACCCAAAGGCUUCAUAGGAGAACCAGGCAUCCCUGCGCUCUACCCCGGUUCACCAGGACUUGAAGGGAGGGCAGGACCUCCAGGACUCCAAGGGCCUGCGGGACCACGGGGACCAGAUGGUUUCCUUUUUGGCCUUAAAGGAACACCAGGACAGGAGGGCCUUCCUGGGGCUCCAGGUUUCCCUGGGGCUCGAGGACAGAAAGGAUGGAAAGGUGAUUAUGGGGACUGUAAAUGUGCCGAUGAUCAGUUCAUCAGGGGUCUUCCAGGACCACCUGGACCCAGGGGCUUCCCAGGCACCCAUGGGGAGCCAGGGAGGAAAGGGUUCCAAGGAGACCCUGGCCAUCACGGCACACCUGGGUUCCAAGGGCUCAAGGGACCCCCUGGUGACUUCGGACCUCCUGGACCCAAAGGAAUAAAGGGAGAUUCUAGAACAAUUACUACCAAAGGUGAGAAGGGACAACCAGGUAUCCCAGGUGUGCCUGGGAUAAAAGGUGGCGACGGCAUUCCGGGGCGUGACGGGCUCGACGGAUUCCCAGGCUUUCCAGGCCCUCCUGGUGAUGGCAUCAAAGGACCCCCAGGGGAUGCAGGCUACCCAGGAGCACCCGGCACUAAGGGCGUUCCAGGAGAAAGGGGGCCCCCGGGACUGGGCCUCCCGGGUCCCAAAGGCCAGCGUGGUUUCCCUGGAGAUGUUGGAGUCCCUGGAGUCCCAGGCCUCCCCGGACCUCCGGGCCCCCCAGGCCCUCCAGGAAAAAUAGAUUGUGACACAGGUGUGAAAAGACCCAUUGGAGGUGAUGGACAGGAUGUCAUCCAGCCAGGUUGCAUUGGAGGGCCCAAGGGAUUGCCGGGCCAGCCAGGCCCCCCAGGCCCCACAGGUGCCAAAGGCCUCAGAGGGAUACCAGGAUUCCCAGGAGCAGAUGGACCACCAGGACCCAAGGGUCUCGCCGGAGAUCCAGGGCGUGAAGGGUUCCCAGGACCCCCAGGGUUCGUGGGGCCCCGAGGAUCCAAAGGCUUGAUGGGCCUCCCUGGCCCUGAUGGACUCCCAGGUCCCAGCGGCCUACCAGGACCAGUCGGACCCCCAGGGGACAGGGGCCUUCCUGGUGAAGUCCUGGGAGCCCAGCCUGGAUCCCGGGGAGAUGCUGGACUGCCUGGACACCCUGGGCUGAAAGGCCUUCCCGGAGAAAGAGGUGCACCUGGAUUCAGGGGAAGCCAAGGGAUGCCAGGAAUGCCAGGCCUGAAGGGUAUCCCCGGCUUCCCAGGACCUCUCGGCCAACCGGGGCUGCCCGGGCCACCAGGGCUGCGUGGCUUCCCUGGAGCUCCGGGCCAGGAGGGGCCCUUGGGGCUGCCCGGCACCAUAGGCCACGAAGGUCUGCCUGGAGAAAGAGGGGACCCAGGCGACACAGGGGUCCCUGGCCCCUUGGGCAUGAAAGGUGUCCCCGGUGAUAGAGGCGAUCUUGGUUUCUCGGGCGAGAGAGGCCCGCCGGGACAGCCUGGCCUUGUGGGGAUGGCUGGAAUGCCCGGUGCCCCCGGACUGAAAGGGGAGAGAGGUUCUCCGGGGAUGGAUGGUUUCCAAGGCAUGCUUGGGCCCCAAGGAAGACCCGGGCUUCCAGGAAGCAAAGGAGAAGCCGGACUGUUCGGAGUUCCAGGGGGAAAGGGGCUGGCUGGCCAGCCAGGCGUGAAAGGAAACCGAGGGGAGCCAGGCCCCCCAGGACCACCUCCCAUCAUCCAGCCACAUAUAAUUGUACAGUUUAAAGGGGAGAAAGGAGAUGAAGGACCUAUGGGUUUGAAAGGCUUCCUGGGUCUAAAAGGCCUUCCAGGAAUGCCAGGGAUCCCCGGACUGUCGGGCAGCCCUGGGCUGCCUGGGCAGCCCGGCUACGUCAAAGGAGUCAAAGGAGACGUCGGAGCUCCCGGCAUACCUGGUUUGCCAGGGUUUCCUGGUGUGCCCGGUUCCCCCGGAAUUCUAGGGUUUCCAGGCGUCACAGGAAGUAGGGGUGACAAGGGUUCUCCUGGGAGAACAGGUCUUUAUGGCGAGGCUGGCCCCACAGGUGACAUCGGUGAUAUUGGAGACACUAUAAAUUUACCAGGAAGCCCAGGCCUGAAAGGGGAACGAGGUAUCACUGGAGCACCAGGUCUGAAGGGAUUCUUUGGACAGAAAGGAGCAGAAGGUGAUAUCGGCUUCCCUGGGAUAACAGGCAUAGCAGGAGCCCAAGGCCCUCCCGGACUUACAGGGCAAACAGGCUUUCCAGGACAGGCGGGCCUGAGAGGGCAGCAAGGAGACCCUGGCCGGGUUGGAGUGCCUGGCCAGAAAGGAGAUUAUGGCUGGCCAGGUGUUCCAGGCUUACCAGGUUUACCGGGCAUCCAAGGCAUCGGUGGAUUACACGGCCUGCCAGGCACCAAAGGCUCUCCAGGAUCCCCAGGUGAAGACCUCCACGGAGACCCAGGUUUCCCAGGUGCUGCUGGGGACAGGGGCGAGCCAGGAGAGCCCAACACCCUUCCAGGCCCUGCCGGAGUCCCAGGACAAAAAGGGGAGCGAGGAGCUCCAGGGCAACGAGGCCCAAUGGGGAGUCCAGGACUUCAGGGGUUUCCAGGCGUCACACCCCCUUCCAACAUUUCUGGGUUGCCUGGCGACCAAGGGCCGGCGGGGAUAUUUGGCCUGAAAGGUUACCCAGGCCUCCCAGGGCCUCCUGGGCCUGCUGCUCUUCCUGGAAGCAAAGGAGACGAGGGGAACCCAGGAGCUCCAGGAAAUCCAGGGACCAAAGGAUGGGUUGGGGACCCCGGGCCCCAGGGCCGGCCUGGCGUGUAUGGUCUUCCAGGAGAAAGAGGACCCAGGGGUGAGCAAGGAUUCAUGGGAAACACAGGAAUCACGGGAAGUGUGGGCGACCGAGGCCCGAAGGGACCCAAAGGAGACCGAGGACUCCCGGGUGCCCCUGGUCCUUUGGGACCCCCAGGGAUUGCAGGAAUCCCCCAGAAGAUCACUGUCCAGCCCGGGCCGAUGGGUCCACAGGGAAAAAGAGGCCCCCCAGGCGCACAGGGAGAGAUGGGACCCCAAGGUCCCCCAGGAGAACCAGGUUUACGCGGGCAUCCAGGGAAGGCCGGGGCCCAGGGAAGAGGCGGUGUGUCUGCCACGCCCGGAUUCCGAGGAGAGCUGGGACCCGUGGGGCACCAGGGGCCAGUCGGCCAGGAGGGGGAGCCAGGCCGCCCAGGGACCCCCGGCCUGCCCGGCAUGCCUGGCCGCAGUGUCAGCAUUGGCUACCUCCUGGUGAAGCACAGUCAGACAGACCAGGAGCCCAUGUGCCCCGUGGGCAUGAACAAGCUCUGGAGUGGAUACAGCCUGCUGUACUUUGAAGGCCAGGAGAAAGCCCACAACCAGGACCUGGGGCUGGCGGGCUCCUGCCUGGCUCGGUUCAGCACCAUGCCCUUUCUGUACUGCAACCCUGGGGACAUCUGCUACUAUGCCAGCCGGAAUGACAAGUCCUACUGGCUCUCCACCACUGCCCCGCUGCCCAUGAUGCCUGUUGCUGAGGACGAAAUCAAGCCCUACAUCAGCCGCUGCUCCGUGUGCGAGGCCCCGGCCGUCGCCAUAGCAGUCCACAGUCAAGAUGUCUCCAUCCCCCACUGCCCGGCUGGAUGGCGGAGCCUGUGGAUUGGAUAUUCCUUCCUCAUGCACACUGCCGCAGGUGAUGAAGGUGGUGGCCAGUCGCUGAUGUCACCAGGCAGCUGUCUGGAGGACUUCCGUGCCACGCCAUUCAUCGAGUGCAACGGGGGGCGGGGGACCUGCCACUACUUUGCCAACAAGUACAGCUUUUGGCUCACCACCAUCCCUGAGCAGAACUUCCAGAGCUCUCCCUCCCCCGACACGCUCAAAGCGGGGCUCAUCCGGACGCACAUCAGCCGCUGCCAGGUGUGCAUGAAGAACCUGUGAUGCGCGGUCCUGGGGCUGCCCCACCCGAUGCACUUCUCUGCAGGUUUGCCUCCAGCCUGGGGGGCCACGUCGGUGCUUAACUUAUUACCUCAGGUGCUGACCCAAACAAUGACUUCAUGUUUUUCUUUAAAAACAAACAAACAAAAAAGUCCACCAAAGGAUUCAGCACCAGCUCCUAUACCAAAUAGCCACUUGUCAUCCAUCCACAGGUGCUAGCCACUGUGCUUACUCUGCAGAAUGAAGCCCUCCCUAUGAACUCCUGACCCUCCAAAAGGGAAAAUAGUUAACAGCCCCAGCACUCCCCAUCAGGCCAUACUAGACUUUUACACGCCAGGUACAACUAACGUCUUCACAUGUACCUGCACUUCAUAUAGUCACUGCACUUUCAAACCCCACAGACAACCUGCUUACUUAACUCACUUAAUGGGAUGGUGUAGACAAAUGAAGCCGUACAGCCCGAGGGCUCCCGAACUCAUGCCCACUGUUCCCCCAUAAGGUCUCCUAGGGAUUGGCCCCCAUCCUGUCCCCCAAGCCAACAUGAUGACAGCAUGCUCUUCUCCCAAAUUCUCAUGAUGUGAAUUAUCCCCACCCCUCGAGGCCAGAAAGACGCUGGCAGUCACAUACCAGCUGUCAUUCUUUCCACCACACCCGUACAGACCAUUGGGUUUGACAAAACUUCAAUAGCAACAAAGACCAACUGUCUGUUGUCGGCCAGGCUACUUGACAGCAAACAUGUACAGUCAGAAGUACUGUUUUCACUGGCCCCAGGCUGUCCUGAGAUUUACCCUCCUUUUUUUGUUGUAAAUUGUAUUAAUGUUCUGUAUAAUGACUAUGGAAUAAACAUUGAUUUUGGACAUCUUUA